AUGGCGGCGGUCGGACCUCUAACGAGACUCGCCAGAUUUGGCCACAGCAUCUGCAGGAGCCACCGUGUAAUAUUUAACAGGAGCUCGCAGAGAAGAGGGAUAGCUUCAUGUGUCGACCCUGCUCAUGGACUAACAGAUGAACAGAGGGAGUUUCAGAAAGUGGCCUUUGACUUCGCAACCAAUGAAAUGGCUCCAUACAUGGCGGAGUGGGACCAGAAGGAAAUGUUUCCUGUUGAGACAAUGCGGAAGGCAGCCCAGUUGGGCUUUGGUGGUAUCUAUGUUCAGCCAGAUGUUGGAGGAUCAGGUCUUUCUCGGCUGGACACAUCAGUCAUCUUUGAGGCCUUGUCAACAGGAUGCGUCAGCACAACAGCUUACAUCAGUAUCCACAACAUGUGUGCCUGGAUGAUCGACACCUUUGGUAAUACUGAGCAGAGGGAGAAGUUUUGCCCUGACCUCUGUUCAAUGGAAAAGUUUGCUUCUUACUGUCUCACUGAACCAGGCAGCGGUAGUGAUGCUGCUUCACUUAUGACAACUGCACAGCGGAAAAAUGACCACUACAUCUUGAAUGGUUCUAAGGCCUUCAUCAGUGGAGGAGGAGACACAGAUGUAUAUAUUGUGAUGUGCCGAACAGGAGGCAAAGGAGCCAAAGGCAUCUCCUGUGUGGUGGUGGAGAAGGGAACCCCAGGCCUCAGUUUUGGCAAGAAAGAGAAGAAGGUGGGUUGGAACUCUCAGCCGACCAGGGCGGUGAUAUUUGAGGACUGUGCCGUGCCAGUGACCAACCAGCUUGGUGAGGAAGGACAAGGCUUCACCAUCGCCAUGAAAGGCCUGAAUGGAGGCAGGAUUAAUAUUGCUUCCUGUUCUCUUGGGGCGGCACACGCCUGUGUACAGCUGGCGAGGGAUCACUUGUUGGUACGCAAACAGUUUGGAGAGACGCUCUCUAACAACCAGUUUCUUCAGUUCAAACUGGCAGAAAUGGCCACAAAGUUGGUUGCGUCUCGCCUUUUGGUGCGUGAAGCUGCGACGGCGCUUCAGGAGAACCGGUCUGAUGCCGCUUCCCUCUGCGCCAUGGCCAAGCUCUUUGUCACAGAUGAGUGCUUUAAUAUUUGCAACCAGGCUCUUCAGAUGCACGGUGGGUACGGUUACCUCAAAGACUACGCAGUGCAGCAGUUUGUCCGUGACAUCCGAGUACAUCAGAUCCUAGAAGGAACAAAUGAGGUGAUGAGGAUGAUCAUCUCCCGAAAUCUGCUGACAGAGUCAUGAUAAAUAUCUUACCUGGACCCUUAAGUGACUUCAGUGAUGACCAUAUUGUGAUGGUAUUAACUUCUGGUUUGUUACUGUAUGACUGGUUUCCUCAGUGGCGCUCUGCAUCGUAGCUGUUCAAAAGACGGCAAAGGUCAUUAAAGGAUUUGGGAUGAACCAGUCAGAAAAACAUAGAUUUUUAAGUAUACUAAUGCUCUAAAUAAGGCAAUGAUAAUGUGUCAGUUUGUGAUUGAUCAUUGGUUCAGAGUGACAUAUCUCAAUACCGGAGGGAUUUCAAGAACAUUUGCACUUUCAUAGCUCAUUUAGGAUGAGUCCCAAAGACAUUGGCCAUCCUCUGACUUUUCAUGUAGCGCCACCUGCAGGUCUAUUUAUACAACACUUCACUUAUACAACAGUUCAUAAUAGUUCACCACUAUAGUAAUGACCCAAUUUCCAACUAUAUGUUGAGAUUAAUUCUAAUAUAGCAUGCUAAUAUUCUAGCUACAGGCAUGCCAACAUUAGCAUUUGGCCCAAAGCACAGCUGAAAUAAGUACGACUUAAGUUGAUAACUUAUUUACUUAUGGAAGUAAAGAAUGUAACUGAAGGCUGACCAGCUUAGUCUGAUGUUAUACAGUAUAAUGGCUACUGCACAGAGGAUGAACCUGUUUUGAUUUGGUUAACUACAUGGUGUAAAACCAUCCAUCAUCCAACCAUUUCGUUUCAUAAGGGGUAGAUAUUUUUUCUAUAAAAGCUGCUUGUGAGAACUUUUUCACCCAAUUUGAGAUUUAAAUUAUUUGGCUAUUGUAUUGUGGUAAUGUAAUGGUAAUUAACUAUCUUUAUCCUCAAGUGGCCUUCCAGAUGGUUACUGUAUUUUUUUUCUUUUUUUUUCUCUGGCAUAGACGCCUUUAUUUGAAAGUAGAGAGACAGGAAAUUACGGGAGAGAGAGGGGGGUGUGACAUGCAGAAAGGUCCGCCGGCCGGGACUCGAACCGGGGUCCGCUGCAUACAUGGCAUGCGCUCUUAACCACUCGACCACCUACGCGCCCGAUGGUUACUGUAUUUGACCCUGUUGUGUGUUUUGUAGUAUGUUAAAUAACAAACAGUGUACUGUGGAUUAUGUGACACCUUACAAACUAUAUAUGCUGUUCACACUCCAAAUAAAAUGAUCCUGGCUUUUAUCAAAGCAUUACCUGAAAAGUAUUUGCCAUCUGUAUGAAUUGUUUGCAAUAGUAGUAAUGUGUUACUGAGUGAAGUGAGUCUAAGUAAAUUAUGCUAAAAUUAAACACUCCAGGACACUUUAUUGAAAAAACAAUCAAAACUGCAUUAUAAGUGCUACAUGUAGCCUUUCAACAUCAAUAAAAUCAUUAUUCAGUAUAAUUACCAUGAAACACGCAAGACCAUCAGCAGAUUUCCUUUUCUGUCAUCUCAUCCUUGGCCUCAUAUGUUUACAGUA